AUGUCGAGCGGAAUUUGUGCAAAGUGUGCAAAACCUUUCGCAGCUGGUUCGAUUUUGAACGCUUUGGAUAAGCGAUGGCACCCAGAGUGUUUCGUCUGCGCAGGAUGCAAGCAUCAACUGGCUAACCAAUCUUUCCACUGCAAGGACGAAGUGCCCUACUGCGUCAACUGCUGGAAGGAAAAGUUCCAGCCCCGCUGCUCGGUAGGUCGAUUCGCCAAAUGUCAUGUGAAUUCCUUACAUUUUUCAAAUUUCCUCACAACAGUAUUUGGUAGGUUAGCUUUUAAGAUUAAAUAA